UGUCAAAUUAUUAAAAAAAAUAAGACAACGGAACAUUUGCUGGAAUUUAUUUUAUCUAAUAAAUUUCACUGAAUUAAAUCAUUGCAAUUUGGAAAUAUGAACGAACAGUGUUAUCUAACCAGCAAGUACCUGUUUUCAGGUGAACUUUUGGAGCAGUAUAUUUCGUCCACCCCAUGCGAAAAUAUACGCAAGAUGGAGCAGAGUUACACUGACAUACACCUGUAUGGAAAGGGUUCUUCACAGCAGUUGGUGCCAUCAGUUCCUCCGACAAGUCAACUUGGUUGCCAGGAGAUUACCAAGCUCGUGUCGCCCAGCCACAAUUUUCCCAAGGAAAAUAGCCGGGGAAAAACUUCAAAACGUUUGAGCAAGAAAUGCCGUUCUGAAUUGCGUCGGCAUAUUGCUUCGAAUCUGAAACGUGGACUCUACAAUCUUAAGCCGUUAUUGCACCGGCGAUGUAAAUUUUGUCGCCAUUUUUUGCCUAUGAAUAUAAGGCAACACGAAAUGAUGUGCCAAAAUGUGUGGAAAUUUUUUGAAUUUGGUUGCCCAUGCGGUUAUUUGAGUUCAUCAUUCAGAUCCAUUGGAAACCACAGUCGAUCCUGCCAUGUAGGUCAAUAUAUCAAAAAUAUAGGGAUUACUGGUUGGUUCCCAUACGUCAGCACCGAAUGGAAGAACUAUUUGUCCCAUAUGCUAGCACCAGCAGAUUAUCCAGAUUAUGAUUGUACGCCUAUUGGAAAAUGAGGAUUUCAAGGUCCAAAAUUGUCGUUUCUAAUAAGGAUUACGUGCUUUUA